AAGUCUCGUCAGACUCCAAAUCUCAACUCUCUCUCUCCCUCCCUCCCUCUCCAUUCUUCAAAUCACAGCACCUGUAAUUGCAGGUCCCAAAAUUGAACCCUAAUGGAGAAUAAACAAUCUGGUGGAGAAGAUGUAUCAUCAGCAAAAGCAGUGUUACUUGGAGCCCUAGCACCUGGUGUUAACGGUCAGACUUGGAAUACCCUAAAAUUUGCGUUUUUGAUGUUGGGUCUUUGUCUUGCUGCUAUGCUUGGCUUGGCUUUCUUUUCUAGUGACUUUGGGUUGAUUUUUCACGUUACAUUGCUUGUUCUAAUCACUGGGACACUGUUCAUACUUCUUAGCAGGUUUCUUGCAGAGACUGGCCUGGUUUCUGUUGAACAUCAAAUGCAGGAAAUGGGCUUGAGCCCAAAAGAGUCCGAGAUGAUCAAUAAAAAGAGCCGUUGAAGGUUUUUAAAAACCAAUACAACAAUACAGGUGAAUACGUCAAGAAUUCUCGAAGGAAGACCUCUAAGAGGCCAACUUAUAACCAUUCAUUAUGAGAUGACAGUUACAUUUUGCGAUGCACUUGACCAAGAAGAGAAGAAGAAAGAUUAGAAAACUGUUUUUUCUCUAGAGCCUCUUCGCUGGAGCAGUUGCAUCGUUCAAUCACUCUUUUGCUUUCCUUCCUUCUCCUUUGGUUUGUCCUGUUUGUCCUUUUUGGGCUUGAUGAAGCAGAAACACGAGCAGCACGGGCACUGAAACAACAACUUCAUCUCUUCAGGGAUUGUUUCCCAAAUGAUGUUUAUUAAAGUUCCAAAUAACAUACUAUAUAUAGAGAGGUGAAGCAUAUAUUUUGCCUCAAAAACAUUUAUUUAUUUGUGGAUUCCAUUCCUAUCCCUUACAAAAAGAAGAUGCUUAACUUUAUUCUUA